GGGAGGUAAAGGAAAGGUUUGUAAAAGCUGACUUUAAGAGGAAGGAAAUCAGAGACAGCAGUCUGAGGCAAGGACCAGGCAGACUGGAGAGGCUUUCCACCGUUUGCUCGGAGAAGGGCAGGAUGAGUGGGAGCGGAGAUGAGAAGAGGCCAAGCCUGGCUCACUCGGUGGAGGAGAUCUUGAGCCGGCCUUGUCAGAAAGGCCGGGGGCCUCUGCUGCCAGGCUGCAGCCGAGCCAGCGGACAGCAGGGUGGAAUCAGCAGGCAGCCGGAGGUUUCAUGCGGCCACAGUGUGCUAGAUCAAAAAGAGGCCCAGAAAUCGACCCGGGAGCUGCUGAAGGAGGCACUGAAGACAGUCUUUGUACCACUGGCUCCACAGGGAGAUCUCAGUGCCAGAAUCCGUGAGGAGGAAGGUGUGGACAAAUGCGACAGCGCAACAGACUGCUCCUUCUACGACACGAGAAAAUCAAAGCGAAGAAUGCGGACGACAUUCACUACAGAGCAGCUUCAUGAAUUGGAGAAGAUCUUUCAGAUCACCCACUAUCCAGAUGUUUACACCAGGGAUCAACUGGCUGCAAAGAUUAACCUGCCUGAAGCCAGGGUACAGAUUUGGUUCCAAAACCGCCGUGCAAAAUGGAGGAAGUAUGAGAAACUGGGGAACUUUGGUGGAUUGCAACACGUCACCGAUGUUAAUCUGGUUCCUGCUCCCAAGUCCCAGUUUAUGAGUUCUGGUACGGUUACAAAGAAAGCCUCAGCGGUCCCGUUACCAUCCAGUUACUAUCCCCUUGUACCACACUCUCUGACAUCGAUGCUGGCACCGUACUCUGUAGCAUUGGCUCCGCUGACUGUGCUUGACCCCAUAUCGAAGCUCCAGCCUCACCUCCUAUGGGUUCCGCCACAUCAUGCGCCUACCUCCACUUCAAUGCCACAAUGGGACUUCAGCUUCAUGGGGCUAAGGAGGAGCCACCCAAACAAACAUUAACCACCCCAGACUGAAGCAAGCAGUUAAAUUCUGGAGUCCGGCAGAAUACGAGAACUGUUCUGAAGCUUUACACUGAAUUAUGAUGGCAGCCUGAACUGUAUGCCCCAGAUAAAUGCUCAGCAGGAGGCUUUGCCCAACAGAUACUUAGCUAAAGGAGCCAUGGGGAUGCCCUGAACACCUGAACCCAAAGGUGGGGUAGUUGGUGGGGGCAGGGACAGUGCAAACAGAGUUGGUUGAUGCGUUCCAAUCUCAGAACCCACUCUUGGCUCAGGGUGAGACUUCUGUUGGUUUGUGCGGCAGGACCAGACGGCAGUUCCGCCUGAAUCCACGUCACCACGGACAACCACUUUACAUGCAGUGUUAACCUUUGCCGUUCUUGCCAUCAGGCUGUGUGGUUAUUAUUUUUAUCAUCAAUCAGUCAGAUUAACAUGGCUUCAGACCUUCUCCCCCAAGCUGUGGGCUUCAAUUUCCUACGGGAAAGAAGAACUUCAUCAGACGCCUUUGCCUGAAUCACACUCCUGCCAUCCAUUAGAUAAUUUAUACUGAAAUAAUAUUUUAACAUUGCUAAGAUUGCAUUGGCCUCAUCAUCUGAAUGCCCAUCAUUUUCAGAAGAGGACAUGGAAAAUGUUAAAAGGAAGUGGAACAUGAAAGUGGGUCCUGAUGAAAGGUCUCGGCCUGAAACAUUGACUGUACUCUUUUCCAUAGGUGCUGCCUGGCCUGUGUGUGUUGCUUGGAUUACCAGCAUCUGCAGAUUUUCUCUUGUUUGUGAUUGGAACACGAAUGUGUUCAGAAUAAGGUUAGGACGUUGUAUUGUUGAUAAUGGGUGGGAGAGAGGCCGUGACACAACUGAUUAGAAACAGACUGUGGAAGUAAGAAGGUGAAUCAGCUGAAAGGGCUCAUUCAUCAGCAGCGAGUAGGUGUGAAAGGUUAGCCAGAGAGUGUGAAUGGUUUUCUGAACUCCGCUCACUGGUUGAGUUACCACUGUUCAUGCUAUUUGUAUUUAUACUGUUAAUCUGUUCAAGAUGAUUGAUUAUAUCUGACUAGAACUGAAAUAAAUUUGUAUUUAAAAUUCAUAUUUUCAGGGGAAUUGGAGAAUGAUCUUCAUUUCUGCCACAUUGCAGUCGAUUAUUGUGACAAAAGAGGAAUUGGGAUUCAAGAUUUAAAAGGGAACAAUUUUUCUUUUCCUCUCUCUCUCUUUCUCUUCCCCCCUCCCUCCCUCACUCUCUCCCUCUCUCCCUCUCUCCCUCUCCUUCUCUCUCUCCCACUCUUCCUCUCUCCCACUCUCCCCUCUCUCCCUCUCUCCGUCUCUCCUGAUCUCCUGAUCUCCCUC